AUGGCUGUGGCUCCGUCCUUGUCGUGGCUCUCCCUCGUCUCCUCGCUCUGGACGGCAUGGGCGUGGUGGUCGGUGCCUGUGAUGCUCGCGACGGCGGCACCGACGACGGCAGUGGACCGGCAAGGAGGAGAGCUCUGCUCGCCCGCGCUAUGCGGCGGCAUGAUCAUCUCCUUCCCGUUCGGGAUCGUCGCCGAUCACGCAACGGAGACCAACUGUGGGAUGAUCGGGUUCCAUUUCCAGGCAGUGCGGCAGAGCCGCGGGCUUGUGGACACGGCAUGCGUGAACAAGACGUUGGUUGACAUCACCAAGGGUCCCCAUGUGUCCGGCUGCUACUUCCUGGAGGGUUGCACCGCUACCGUCGUGCUGAUGCUUGCGAGGUCCGGCGAGGUGAACCCAGCAAACUACAUGGAGCUCAUCAGUGAGGGAUUCCUCUUGACAUGGCAACUGUCGCCGUCACCGUUGUCACCACGGGCAGGUAAGUUUACAUUUGGAACAAUAGCAUAG